GCCAAGCUCCUGCCAGGUCCCUCGUGGUGCCGGAGGACAGCGGGGACCCGCCUGCCAGCGCCCUUCCAGCCGGUGGGAAACCUGCCUGAUGUUCCCUCUCUUGUCUUGCAGCCACUUCCAACGGGACGCUGGAUGGCCUGGAGAACCGGGAGGGAGGGGUCUGCCAGACACGCUCCAUGAAGAUUGUCAUGAAAGUGGGGCAGGACCCGAACGCGGUGAUCCCAGAGCAGCUGACGACGAGUCGGCCGAGCAAGGAGUCUGACAACACCGUGAAAAUCGUCACGCAGAGCCCACGCAGCAAAGUCCCCGCGGUGGAGGAGCCCGGCAAGCCGGGUGAGUUUUGCCAGGGACACCCCAGGAGAGGGAUGAUGGGGGGGCUCUUGCCUGCCAGGGCAGGGGGCUGGAGGUUGCCGGGCAGCUGCUCCGAGCUGGGUUUGUUGCGUGGAUCCCAGGGAUACGUCCUGCGCGUCGCUGUGUCCUGCAGCCCGGGGUUGUUUUCCCCGCUCCUGACAGGAGUUUUGCAGGGAAGUGCUGUUUCAGCACUCUCCUCCUCCUCCUCCUCCUCACUGCCCAUCUGUUCCUCGUGGUACAUCCGAGAGGGCUUAGAGGAGGCGAGGUCCUCGGGUUUUUGA